AUGACUUCACUCAAGUCUAAUCAUGAGGAAAGUAAAGAUUCUCAAGGGGCCAAGACUACUCUCAAUGCAUUCCACCUCGAAGAAGUCGGUGGCACCGAGGAACUGCUCCAUGUCGCUGAGCAGGCGGCCGAGAUUCGGUGCAGCCCCUGGACCAAGAGCAUGUUCCGGCUGUAUGGAUGCCUGCUUAUCUCCUACUUCUGUGGGUGUCUCAACGGGUUUGAUGGCUCCUUGAUGGGCGGGCUUAAUGCCAUGGAAUCUUAUCAAAAUGCGUUUCACACGCAAGUACAUAUCUUCCUUCAGGAACCACAGGAUCGCAAGUCGGAUUCAUCAUGGCAGUCUACAACAUUGGCUCUGUGGCCGCGAUUCCUUUUACAGGCCCAGUUAACGACUAUUUUGGCCGACGCGUGGCUCGGCUCCAUUAUAGCAAGCUGGACAAUCUACGGCUGCGCAAAGUGGGACAACCCCUACGCAUUCCGAAUCCCCAUCUGGUGCCAACUCCUCUCCUCUGUAAUUGUUGCAACCGGCAUCUGGUUCAUCCCGGAAUCCCCGCGGUGGCUAAUCGCAAACGGCAAAAUCGAGCAAGCUCGGGCAGUUCUGACUCGAUAUCACGGCGAAGGCUCAGAGACACAUCCAGUCGUGCUCCUGCAAAUGGUCGAAAUGCAACAAACCAUCCGCCAAGACGCCUCGGACAAGAAAUGGUGGGAUUACAAAGAACUCAUCAGCACCCACUCCGCACGUCGUCGGCUUAUCUGCGUGCUUGGUAUGGCUUGUUUCGGGCAGCUGAGCGGUAAUUCAGUCACAGGGUACUACCUCCCUGUGAUGAUCGCGAAUGCGGGGAUAACAUCUGAAGAAACACAGUUGUUGAUUAAUGGAUUGAACCCUGUGAUCUGCUUUAUAGCAGCUAUUAUUGGUGCCCAGUAUUGCGAUAAAAUUGGCCGCAGACCUCUCUUGCUUGUCUCAAUUGCUUGCUGCUCUGUCUGCUUCGCUGUUAUUGCCGGGACGUCCAAAGCCGCAAUUGAAGGAAAUCCCCACGCGGCAAAUGGCACGAUCGUCUUCGUCUUUAUCUUCGGUGCGAUCUUUUCCUUUGGCUGGACCCCCUUGCAGACGAUGUAUAUCGUUGAGACUCUUACAACCACAACUCGCGCGAAAGGGACAGCAGUGGCCAAUCUUGCCUCUGCGGCUAGUAGUGUCGUGAUUGGGUAUUCCUCUGGCCCAGCAUUUGCAGACAUCGGUUACUAUUUUUACUUGUUUUUCGUCUUUUGGGAUAUUUUCGAGGGUGUUUUUAUUUACUUCUUCUUUGCCGAGACGAAGGACAGGACUUUGGAGGAGAUGAAUGAGGUUUUUGAGGCGAAGGACCCGGUCAAGAAGAGUCUCGAGAAGCGCAACACCGAGACAGUGUUCAAUACUGUCCAUGCGAAUACUACAGAGACGGCAUAG